AUUCGUCCACAUCACAAAUACAAAAAUGUAAACAAAUGGGUUUUGGAGGGUGAUACGCACGAAGAAUUUUUAUCUGCACAUAGAGUGUUUUUGUACUGGACUGUCUUUGAUCAGUAACAAAUGAAAACUGAUUUAUUUAUGUUCAUAUGUCAUAUUAUGACAACCAAUUUUUGAAGUUGGUAGUUGGAGCUGUGUUCCUUGUAAAUUUUGGGAAGUUGAGUGUUUACUUUUAAUUAUAUUAUAUUUUCUGUUAAUUAUAUAAAUAAUACAACUAAUACCGAUUGUGAUUGUAAUGAGUUCGUUCUUUAAAUCCAAUUUUUCUUUAAAACAAGAAAACAUAGUAAAAGAGACUCUAUUGAGUACUCUCAGUGAAAAUGCAAGGGAAAUACAAUUUAUUGUUAAUGAAACCAAAAUGGAGUACUUAGACCUAAAUGAAGCCACCAACAAUUUGUGCACAACCCUAGAAGCAAUGUUCCUGCAUGGUCUAAAAGACUCUUUUAUUUGGCAAACAGUCCAUGUAUUAUCAGGAGAUGAAGACCGUAGGCCUGAGCCUAAUUUCUGGCCUCCGAUAUUGAUUUUCAUGCACAAAGAAGUCAUUACCCAGAUACAAGCUCAUACUCAAAUAAUUUCUGAAAUUGGAUAUUGUCGUUCGUGGAUUCGUACUAGUUUAAAUGAAUCGUUAUUUUCAUCAUACCUAAACAACAUUCGUAAAAACGGCGCCGCACUUAAUCCUUACUACAAAAGAAAUGCUUUCCUCAAAGACUCUGAUAUUACUGAAGUAGCAUCAAAAAUAAUAGAAGGCAUUGAAUCAUGUGUUAAUUUCACUCUACCAGUAAACUCAAGCCUUCUUAAUCAAUGGCCCAACUAUUCAUUACAACUAUCUGGUUUAUGGACUUUGCCAUUAAAAUCAUGUCCAAUUAGCAGCGGUGUUGACGUAGCUAGUUCUAUUACCGAUGUUGUCAAUAUACCUACGCCACGACCACUUCAAACCAAUGAACUGUUUUCUGAAUCUAUUUCAAACUCUCCCUUUAGCCGAACGUCAAAUUUUGCAGUGGAAGAUCUAACUCAUAAAGAAAAUGUAGACAUUUUUCUUCAAAAAUACGACGAAAUGGAAAAAAUUGUCGAAGAAGGAGAAGCCAUCAUUGAGCAAAGUUCUGAAAUAAAAUCAAAACACGUCUCUUCCACUACAGUUGUAGAGAACCCAAUUAAUGAUUUAAAAGAUAAUUUAAAACGUUCAGAAAUUGGGGAAAAACCUUUCUAUGGAAAUUCACUGACGAACUUAAUGCAGACAUCUUGGUCAUCAGAACAUUCUGAUGAAAAUAAUACAAAUAACAAUAGUACAUUACUGUACGAAGCAGCUAAUUUAACUCGUUCCAUAAGUAGUGUCAGCUCCGUAAACUCUGUACGUUCACCUAUUGAUAGAUGUAGCUAUAACACAUUGCUUAAAAAACAUGAAGAUAAUAGGCCAGUUGAUUGGACCAAUGUUUGGGAAAAAUUCGUUGGAUUAACUGGAAAUGAAACUGAAAACAUAGGAAAUAAUUUUCUUCCAGAACACGAACAAAUUGCAGCUGCUGACUUUGAGGUUAUUGUACAUUCGGUCUCCGAAAAAUUUGAUAUUAGUGAACUUCAGGAAAUGGUAGAAACCUUAUGCAAAUUAGCUCAUGAAAAAGGACUAGAUGAACAGGGAUUCCUUUGUAAAUCUUGCGCACAUCCUCUUGGAAUAGGAUUUUCACCAGCCCAGGUAUGCGCGUUCAGCGGAAACUACUAUUGCAAAGCUUGUAUGGAUGUCGAACUUGUUCUUAUACCAGCCAAAAUAAUUUAUAAUUGGGAUUUCCGUAGAUAUCCGGUUUCGAAAAGAGUUGCGGAAUUCCUUACUGAAUUCCAAUACCAUCCUUUUAUUGAUUUAAAACUGCUUAAUCCAGACAUCUAUCAUGCAUCAGAACAAAUGGCUGAGUUACAGUCGCUUCGGAUACGUCUAAAUUUCAUAAGAGCCUACCUUUACACAUGUUGUCCUUCAAGCAUUGAAGAAUUGCAAAAGUUAGUUUUUAUGAAAGAUUAUCUCUUUGAGCACAUACACCAAUAUUCGAUUGGAGACUUGAAUUUAAUUCAACGAGGAACUCUUGCGAACCAGCUUCAAAGAGCAGUUAGUUCUGGAGAACUACACAUUCUUAAAUGUGUCCUGUGCAGUGUAAAAGGAUUCAUCUGUGAAAUUUGCAAUAGUCAUAAAGUCUUAUAUCCGUUUCAUAUUGACACAACAUAUCGAUGUGAACCUUGUGGAGCAGUAUUUCAUGCUAGUUGCUUAAACGAAUUAGAACCUUGUCCAAAAUGUGAACGAAGAAGAAAACGACAGGAUUUACCAUUAUUCGAAGCUAUUCAAAAUAUGACUUAAGCAAUAGUUUUAUUAAUGUUUCUAUGUAUUAUAGCACAAACUUAAAGGUUUAGAUAUCAGUGAAUGCAAUUUCACAAUUAUUAAUAAAGGAUACAAAUUAAAUGCAA